GGCGGCCGGCGUUAUGGGCGCCGGCCUCGUGGACUGCCAUUGCCACCUUUCCGCGCCCGACUUUGACCGCGAUCUGGACGAUGUGUUGGAGAAAGCCAAGAAAGCCAACGUUAUGGCCCUCGUGGCAGUUGCUGAGCAUUCUGGAGAAUUUGAAAAGAUUAUACGGCUUUCAGAAAGGUACAGCGGAUUUGUCCUGCCAUGCCUAGGGGUUCACCCAGUUCAAGGGCUGCCACCAGAAGACCAAAGAAGUGUCACGUUAAAGGAUUUGGAUGAGGCAUUGCCCGUUAUUGAGAAUUACAAGGAUCAGCUGUUGGCAGUUGGAGAGGUCGGAUUAGAUUUCUCCCCCCGAUUUGCCAGCACUGAUGAACAGAAGGAACAACAAAGACAAGUUCUAAUCAGACAGGUCCAAUUAGCCAAAAGACUAAAUUUGCCUCUAAAUGUCCACUCACGCUCAGCUGGAAGGCCCACUAUCAACCUCUUACUUGAGCAAGGUGCUGACAAAGUGCUGCUACAUGCAUUUGACGGUCGACCAGCUGUGGCCAUGGACGGCGUCAGAGCUGGAUACUUCUUCUCAGUUCCUCCUUCCAUCAUAAGAAGCGGACAGAAGCAGAAACUGGUGAAACAGUUACCUUUAACUUCUCUGUGCUUAGAAACAGAUUCGCCUGCACUAGGACCAGAAAAACAGGUGCGGAAUGAACCUCAGAACAUAGCCAUUGCAGCAGAAUACAUUGCCCAGGUGAAAGGGAUCCCUGUGGAAGAAGUUAUAGAAGUGACAACACAGAAUGCAUUUAAACUGUUCCCCAAGCUUCAGCAGCUGUUCCGGAAAUAGCUUCAAAACCACCCAUUACAAAUCCAAGUGAACUACCAGGGACAGUGUUU